AUGUCAAACGACCCAUCAGUGCGCCGACUGCUCCCGCAAACUUCGCAGAUGGGUGCAUUUACCUUUGCGCCGCCUGCUUACCAGCAACCGCCGCGCGAAACUCAGAAAAACUAUGUCUUCGUUGACGAACACAAUCGCCACAAGCGGUUGAAGGUUAUGAGAGCCUGCGAAGGAUGCCGAAGAAGGAAGAUCAAAUGCGACGCCGCCACCACCAACACUUGGCCAUGUUCGGCAUGCAUCCGCCUCAAGCUUCAUUGCGUUCGGCCAAAUGGAUUUGAUGGCGCCGCUGAAUCUCAAGUUUACGAACCUCCGCGUGCCCAGUUCGACUCGUCGCCUGUUCCGGAGAGUUAUCAACAGCAGCAAAUGGCUUUGACCGAUCACCAACAGCUUCUCACGCACGCUCAAGCUCCCAAAGCCACACCCAUAUAUCCUUCACAGACCUCCUUCCAGGACACGGCAGCGAUGUACCAUACCGUGCCGUACACGCAGCCGCAAGCUGUACCACAAAACCUUCAGUAUGCUGCCGUGCACUCUGCAUAUGCGACCCCGGAUUCCUUUCCGACGCCUCCCUCCAUGCAUCAGAUACCCCAGGUACAACAGCUACCUCAAAUCUCUCAACAUCCGUCUUCACCCGAAGAUUAUCAAUCCGAAUAUGCCCAGCAGGACUUGGCAGAACUUCUGGGAUCCCUCAAGGUCAACGAAGCAGGAACAGCUCCGUACCUGAACAGCAAAAUGCGAUCGGCCGAUGAUAGCGAGCCCUCCGUGGAAGAGACCGAAGAGGACCAGUUCACAAAGAACCUACCACCUCUGACCGCUGGCAAGAUUCGCAUACCGCCCGCCCUGAUGCCGUCUGAAGAUCUGUGCCUCCACUAUUUCAAUCUCUACUUUACGCAUACGCAUCCUUAUGUCCCAGUGUUGGACAAGCAACAGUUCUAUCAUCAAUGGCACAAUAACCGGGAGGCCAUUUCGCCCCUCAUCCUUGAGGCCAUAUUUGCGAUUGCUAAUCGUCUUGCCGAUGAUGCUGCACAAGGCCAGCAAUGGCUAUAUCUUGCAACACGCCAUGCCGAUUCGUUCUUGGAUGUACCUCGCCUGAGCACCCUCCAGGCAUCACUGAUCCUUCUCAAGGCGAGGGAACAAGCACCGAAGAAGGGCUACUACUACCGCUCUUGGAUGAGCAUCGUCCAAUGUGUUACAAUGGCCAAGGAUCUUGGGCUGGACGAGCACUAUGCUGAUCACCAAGCCGGUCGAUCAUGUGGCUUCAGCCCUGCAGAGUGUCAGUUGAGAGACAGGAUUUGGCAGACUAUCUUCAUUGUGGAGAUUAUGAUUGGUACCCCUCAAGGAAAAACCGAUCUUGCGGUCGAAGAAGAGACUGUCAAUUUUGACGUUCCAAGACCCUUGCCUAACGGCGACACGUCCGAGUAUGAUGUUUCCCGAAACUUCGUUUACUUCUCCAAGGUUGUUCGGAACGUCUGCCGGAUGAGCAGAGUUUAUUCACGCCUUAAAAGAAACAAGGAGUGGGGUAUCGAUCCUGAAUUCGUCCAGAUCAGGCCUGCCAUGGACGCAUGGUUGACCGACCUACCACCCGACCUUCAGCUUCAAUUCCCUGCUGACGGGUCUCCUCCGUGGUUGCCUUCCUCGUUCGUUGGCAAUAUGCAUUCGUAUUACCACCUCAGCAUCAUUUUGUUUUACAGACCUCAGCUGGCUCAUAUGACGCCAACCGGCCCUGGAGGUCAAUGGAAGCAGCACAUGCUGGUUUCAUACCGCGCCGCCAAGAUGCUCUGCAGGUUACAAGAAGGCAUUAUCAACCAAUUUGGCAUUGCCGGGUUACAGUGCAUGCAGCGAGGUAUCAACUUCACGCUCUACGCGGUUCUCGCUUGUAUUGUAUUGCAUUUAGUCGCUUUGACAUCACCGGAUCCGGCCCUCAAUGCGGAGUCGCGAGAAUACUUCACACGCCACAUGCGGGUGUUAGAGAAAUGUAUGGGUGCUUGGCCAAUGCCCGAUAUGCAGCGGCAGAUUGAUUCCGUUCGGGAGGCCUUUUCCCAGGAUAUCAGGAAGCCGUUCGUUUUGAAGCCUAGCUUCCCCUAUGGAAGCCCAUCUUCAAACUCGCAUCCAAGCCCACCAGGGCCAUCGUAUCGAUCAGAUAUGUCGAGGACUGGUUCCAUCGACCACCAGCUUGACCCGCAUGUGCAACAUUCUCACUCACUUGCCAUGAUGUCUUCCGGUCACGGGACACAAGCGCCUUCCAUGGCACAGGCGAUGCCGCUCGCGGACGCCCCCGCCUGGAAUCCGUCUCGCAUUUUUGAUCAAUGGAAUGCCCAGUUUGGCAACCCUCAGGUGCAGCAUCCUUCUCAGCUCACGAGCCAUGCCAGUCCAUUAUCGCUUCCCUCUUCUGGUGCAUCGGAGACCAGCAUCCAAGACUUGCAAGCGGCCCAGGCUCAGCUUUCUCCGGUUUCACAGCAUAUGCCACAGUACCCUACCCAGCCAGUUCAGACUUUCGUCACCCCUGCAAUGUGGCAAGAGUCUGUGGCUAGCGUCUAUGAGGGAGGCCUCAAGCGCUCUUGGGGCGGCGAUUACGAUGGCCAUAUGGUCAAGCGUAACCGAUAA